UAUAACUUAUAAAUUGUAAGCAAAAUGAAUGGCAAUCAGUGUUUGAUAUAAAUAAGUGACAAUCGCUUGUAUUCAUCACACAAUCACUUCCAACCAAAGGCUUAAAGUUUAUGUCACUAAAAAUGUCUUCACAGGCGCUCACGAGUGGUGUGCAGUAUAUCCCGAUAUCUCUUGAGGAGUCCAUUAGUAUGAAGGGCUGCAGACAUGCCUCCCAUUGUCUGCUCUAUACUUCAGCCAACAGUUCUCGUGUUGUCUACGGUUUGAUUCAAUUGACAGACAAUGGAGAGCUCGGGUGUCCCGGAGGACAAGUAGAUGUCGAGGACGUGACCGUCGAUGACAUUAUCGACGCCACGAACCGAGAGCUCGAAGAAGAGAUCAAUUAUCACUUGAAUGGUGUGACUCGAGAGGACUGGAUUUGCUCGCAUCGGGAGGACAACCCGCCAUACAUUCAGCACUUCUUCGCCAAAGAACUCACUGUCGAUGAGUUGACACAACUGGAGAGGACUCACAUGAAUGCCCAACACUUCCCGUCCGAGUCUUUAGGCCUAUUUCGGGUACCAAUCGGUGGUUCAGACAAGAAGUUUAUGACAAACUUUUUGCGCCAAAGAUUCGCCGGAAACGCGAGACAACAGAUCAUCGAAACUAUUGAGAAGUUAUCACUCGUGAGUCCCGAAGACCAGGUGUGGAUGGAGUCCAUUGAAUCCACGGGUGAUCUACUGGUGGACAACAGUGUCGUCAACAGUGGUAUUGAAGUGAAGGCACUCUUGAGAGCAGAUCUUGACGUUCAGUAUAACGACGAAGAGGUGGACAUAACGUAUGGUCUGAUGGCUGUCACAGACGACGGACUCUUUGACUUCAUUGGCACUCAUUAUACGGAAUCCGAUGACAAGAACUCAAUGAUUGAGACAUUGAUUACGAGUUUAGAUAAGGAUUUGUGCGCCGAUUGGCUGCCAAUUGACUGCAAAUCA